AUGCCAGCCUACGAGCCGACGGAUCCGCCGUCGAACCCGCUGCAACAACCACCAGCCGCCAGCGACCAGCACCAGCAGCGACAUCUGCUCCGACCAGCGCCCGCGACAGUGACGCAAGCCAGCGCCAACCGCGAGAGCUGCACCAGCAGCACCUGCGGUCCUUGCCACUAUACCUGUCGCCCCCCGUACCCUCCCCCGUACCCUCCCCGUCCCUUCCCCGUCGCCUCCCCGCCCCCUCCCCACCACCUUCCCGUCGCCUCCUCGUCCCCUCCCGUCCCUUUCCCGUCGUCUCCCCGUCCCAUCCCCGUCGCCCUCCGUACCCUCCCCCUCCCUCCUCCGUCGCGUCCUCGUCCCCUCCCCGACGCCUCCCCGUCCCCUCCUCGUCGCCUUCCCUUCCGCAACUACGGCAGUGAGGGGGGAGGUGGCGUAGGGCUGGAGGAAGGAAGGCGGGGAGGGGGUGAGAUACAAGGGGGCGGCUGA